ACAGAAUAAUGUAUCACAAAUUUAAGUAAUUAUAAAUUUUUAAAUAUUAAUAAAAAGUGUCAAAUGGUGGUAACUAUAUACAUAUAAUAAACGAUCUCAGAUUAUAACCUUAAAAAGUGGAACAUUCCGAGUGUACUAGUUAAGCUUAGAAUUCUUAAAUAUUGUGUAAUUUUAUAAUAACAAAACACGGCAUUAUGUUUUAUCAUAUAUCAUUGGAACAUGAAAUUUUGUUACAUCCCAGGUAUUUUGGUCCUCAAUUGUUAGAUACUGUGAAACAAAAAUUAUAUACAGAAGUUGAAGGCACUUGUACAGGAAAAUACGGUUUCGUAGUUGCUGUAACAACAAUAGAUAAUAUAGGUGCAGGAAUUAUUCAACCAGGACAAGGAUUUGUUGUAUAUCCAGUUAAAUAUAAGGCUAUUGUCUUUAGACCAUUUAAAGGAGAAGUGCUGGAUGCUAUUGUAACACAAGUAAACAAGGUUGGAAUGUUUGCUGAAAUAGGCCCACUUUCAUGUUUUAUAUCUCAUCAUUCAAUUCCAGCAGAUAUGCAAUUUUGUCCAAACAUAAAUCCUCCAUGUUACAAAUCAAAAGAUGAGAAUGUGAUUAUUCAACCAGAUGAUGAAAUAAGACUGAAAAUUGUUGGUACAAGGGUUGAUGCUACAGGAAUUUUUGCCAUUGGGACAUUGAUGGAUGAUUAUUUAGGACUUGUGAGCAAUUAAAUAAAAUAAACAUACCGAUUAUUUAAUUAAGUAUAAAUUUUCAAUAUUAAAUAAAGUUAUUUUUUACGAAAUAAUGAUCGUCUGUACAAAUUGCGAUAAUGAUACAAAUUCAACAUUUUCUAUACCUUUGUGAUAUAUUUUACCUUAUACAGAGUGUUUGUAAAACUGUAAAAUACAAUAAAAUUCAAUCAUUUUCUA